AUGUCAAAGGAUAUUAAAGUUGUAGUUUUAGGAUUAACAUCUGUAGGAAAAAGUUGUCUAGUUCAGAGGUUCAUGUAUAAUAAUUUUGAACAUACUGUUAUGACUGUAGGUGGAGCAUAUUCAUGUAAAAGAAUCCAAGUUGGAAACAAUGAAGUAUAUUUAGGAAUUUGGGAUACUGCUGGAACUGAAAGAUAUGAAGCAGUAAAUAGAUCAUAUUAUAGAAGAGCAAGAGCUGCUAUUGUUUGUUAUGAUUUAACAAAUCUUUCAUCAUUGGAUAAAGUAACAUUUUGGGUAGAGGAAUUGACACACAAUGAACCAAAUAUCGAUAUUUAUAUAGUUGGAAACAAAUUGGAUUUGAUUCAAGAAGGAGAAAAGAGACAAGUAACACAACAACAAGUAGAUGAAAUUGCAAACAAAUACAAUGCAGUUACAUUAGAGACAUCAUCAAAAACUGGAGAGAAUAUUAAUCUAUUACUUCAGACAAUUGCUGAAAACUUUGUAAAGAAAUAUCCAAAUGAAGUCCAGGGAGGUGGAAAUGUAAAUAAUAAUAGUAAUAAUAAUAAUGGUAGUGGUAGUGUAAAUAUGAAUUCAAAUUCAAAAAAAUCUGGAGGUUGUUGUUAA